GAAAGAGAUCAACUCUCAUCAUGCAUGAGUGUUAUCGCAAAGGAUGGUACCUAUUUAUUCUGAUUGCAUCACGUUCCAUCCCUCAUGGGUGACGUCCACAUAGAACCUGGAAAAAUGAAUGGACUGUGGAUGGUACUGUUCUGUUUAUCAGUGAUAACAGUUCAUGUGAGAGGCCAACUAUCUGAAUGUGGCAGGGAAUGUCCAGAGGAGUAUAUUCCAGUAUGUGGGUCUGACAGGAGAACUUACGGUAAUGACUGUGAGCUGGACAUUGCUAUUUGCUUGUUGAACUUGCAGGGGCAACAGUUGAAAAAGCUCGGAGAUGGGGAAUGUUCACAAUUUACCACAGUGCCCACAACCACUACCACCCCAGAACUAACCACCACAUCAGGGAAACCAACCAUCUCCACCACAACUACAACCCCAAAACCAACCACCACCACCACUACUACCCCAAAACCAACCACCACCACCACUACAACCCCAAAACCAACCACCACCACCACUACAACCCCAAAACCAACCACCACCACUACCACCCCAAAACCAACCACCACCACUACAACCCCAAAACCAGCCACAACACCCUACAUCAGAUGCCCUAAAGUCCAAUGUGCCCCUGGUGCUCAGUCUGUAUGUGCAAACAAUGGGAAAAAAUAUGCUUGUAAAGCAUUACUGGACUAUGAAAACUGUAUGACUCACAGCAGGGCCACAGUGUGGAAUUGCAGAUGCUGGGAGACAAAGUGUGGACCAUUUAAUCGGCCUGUUUGUGGAAAUGAUGGAAAGACCUAUGAUUGUAGACAACAAUUGGAAUACUUUAACUGCCGUUAUGGAUCCAGAGUGUAUUACACAAGGUUAGGGGCAUGUCCAACAACUAAACCAGGACCUACAACCCCCAAAAGUGUAUCAAAUCAGUUGUCGGAGGUGGAAAAAGCUUGUCUAGAUAUUAAGAAUGGGAACUGCCGGACAACAUCUUAUGUAUGUGUAGCACCAGAUUGGAAAACAUACAAUGAAUGUGAGUACUUGAGGGCUAAAUGCCAUAAUGGAGAUGGUACUCCUAUUUGGUGGCAUGGGGGAAGAUGCAUUGUAAAUGUGGACAUUAACAACCUAUUUGGAUAGAAAAACUGGAACUCAUUUGUUACAUAUUCCAAAUUCUGUUACUUGUUUCUUGUGGUGAAAUAAACAUCUGUUACAU